AAUAAUUCUAUCCAAAAACAGAGCAGCAUACAUGGCAAGCUUGCCCCACAGCUUCGUGAUCCUCCUCCUGCUUCCCCUUCUCAUCGCUGCCGACAAAUGCAACAAGGAAGACAAACGAGCCCUAAUUUCCAUCAAAUCCGCCUUCAACAACGCCUACCACUUCGCCUCCUGGACCUCCACCUCUGCUUGCUGCGAUUGGUACGGCGUUGAAUGCGAUCCCGGCGUCCCCGGCAACUCCGACGGCUCCCGCGUCACUGGCCUCUACGUCAUUACCGACUCCAAUGUCACCGGCCCCAUCCCUUCUGCCGUCGGCGACCUCCCUUUCCUCACCAGUCUACGCUUCCACAAACUCCCCAAUCUCACCGGUAACAUCCCUUCCUCUAUUACCCGUCUCACCCGCCUCUCUGUCCUCAUCCUCUCCUGGAACUCUCUCUCAGGCCCCAUCCCUUCCUUCCUCUCCCAAAUCCCCUCCCUCACAAUCAUCAACCUCUCCUUCAAUCUUUUCUCCGGCUCAAUCCCCGCUGAACUUGCCAAUCUUCCUUCUCUCCUCGGCCUUGAUUUUUCCCGCAACCGCCUCACCGGACCGAUCCCAUCCGAAUUCGGCAAUUUCCCCAAAUCCUCCCCGCCGGAUCUCAUUUUGAACCACAACAGCCUCUCCGGCAAUUUACCGGUUUCGCUCGGCGUGCCGGAAUGGGGCACAAUAGAUCUGAGCCGGAACAGUUUUACCGGUGACGGUUCGUUUUUAUUCGGCGCGGGGAAGUCGACGCAAGUGAUUGAUUUGAGCAGGAAUGAGUUUGCGUUUGAUCUGAGCCGUAUUACGUUUCCGGUGAAUCUGACGAGUUUAGAUCUGAAUCAUAAUAAGAUUUCAGGGUCGAUACCAGCUCAGAUAAACCAGGUGGAGGCGAAUUUCUUUUCGCAGUUUAACGUGAGUUAUAAUCAGCUUUGCGGUCAGAUUCCGGCUGGGCCGAUCACGGCUAAGUUUGGGGUGGACGCUUAUUUUCAUAACAAGUGUCUCUGCGGCUCGCCGUUGCCGCCCUGCACUAGCAGUUACGACGUGAAGCAAUAUACGAUCUCCUCGCUUCUUCGACGCACUUACUAUCCGAUAAAUACCGAGCCUCACGCGAUCAAUCAAGCAGCAUACAUAGCAAUCAUGUCUUCCACCAUCAUCUACCUCCUCCUCUUCCUUCCAUUCCUCAUUGCUGCCGAUAAAUGCAACAAGUACGACAAACGUGCCCUCCUCUCCAUCAAAUCUGCAUUCAACAACGCCUACCACUUCGCCUCCUGGACAUCCUCUUCCGCAUGCUGUGAAUGGUACGGCAUCGAAUGCGACCCCGGCGUCUCCGACAGCUCUCGCGUUACUUCCCUCUUCGUCAUCACUGAUUCCAAUGUCACCGGCCCCAUUCCCCCUUCUGUUGGCGACCUCCCUUUCCUCACCACUCUAAGCUUCCACAAACUCCCCAAUGUCACCGGUAACAUCCCAUCCCUCAUUACCCGUCUCACCCGCCUCUCUUACCUCCUCCUCUCCUGGAACUCUCUCUCGGGCCCCAUCCCCUCGUUCCUCUCCCAAAUCCCCUCUCUCACAGACGUUGACCUCUCUUUCAAUAAAUUCUCCGGCUCAAUCCCCCCUGAACUUGCCAAGCUUCCUUCCAUCCAACUAUUUGAUUUCUCCCGCAACCGCCUCACCGGAUCGAUCCCAGCUGAAUUCGGCAAUUUCAACAAAUCCUCCCCACCGGAUCUCAUUCUAAACCACAACAACCUCUCCGGCGAUUUACCGGUCUCCCUCGGCGUGCCGGUAUGGGGUAAAAUAGAUCUGAGCCGGAACAAUUUGACUGGCGACGCAUCUUUUUUAUUUGGUGCGGGGAAGUCGACGCGGUAUGUUGAUUUGAGCAGGAAUGAGUUCGCGUUUGAUCUUAGCCGGGUUACGUUUCCGGUGAACUUGACGGUUUUAGAUCUGAAUCAUAAUAAGAUUACAGGGUCGAUACCGGCUCAGAUAAACCAGGUGGACCCGAAUUACUUUCCUGUGUUCAACGUGAGUUAUAACCGGCUUUGUGGUGAGAUUCCGGCUGGGCCGAUCACGGCUAUGUUUGGGGUGGAUUCGUAUUUUCACAACAAAUGUCUCUGCGGCUCGCCGUUGCCUCCCUGCACUAGCAAGCAGAUUUAG